AUGGACGCCGCGCACCGGCGCAUCGAACUCCAAGCGCCCGCCGACCUGGCCUACCUCGUCGCGAACGCGAAGCGCGCCGCCCGCCAGAAGAUCGACCUGCAUUUGCCGCCGAGCGCGGCGCCCGAGGGCGGGGAGGACGUGUUGAGGCGGAGGGUCGAGGAGUUGGUUGAUGAGUACAUCAAGGCGACGUUUGCGAGCGCGAGACACAAUAUCGAGAUUAAUGGCAUGCCGCCCCAGGAGCUGCUGGGCGAGGAGGAGCUGCAGGCUUCGGCCGAGGCUAAUCCCCCCGCGCUUCCGCGCGCCCCAGAAUACGAGCCCAUAGACUCGCGCCUCGCGGACCGCAUCCGCGCCCUCGAAGCCCAGAAAGAGCUCCUCACAGGCAAAGUCGCGGACCUGCGACGGACGGCGCCGGCGCGCGCGGCAGCGGCGCAGCAAGCGGCGAUGGAGGCGGAGAGGGAGGCGCUGGAGCUGGCGUUUGCGCAGCGAGAUGCUGUUGUCGCUGCUGUUGCUAGUGGUGCGACUGCGACUGCGACAACAGAGGGUGCAGCAGUGGGCUUGGGCGAUGUCCCGGCUUUUGCGCGCUGGGACGACGUCUUGGCUAUGUGGGAGCGCGGCGCGAGUGGGCUGGUGGAGCUGAAGGGCGGGUUGACGGGGACGGUGGCGAAGCUCGAGAGGGCGGAGCGCGCUUGCGCUGUUUUGGAGGGUGGUACUGGUGCUGGUGGGAAGGGGGAGGGGGAGGUGCGGUAG